GUGCGAACGUGUUGCGGGCGCGUCAGCUGGCCCAGUAGCCAAACAGCCAAAGUAAACAGCCAAGACUCACUGACAUUUAGCCAAAGAAAAAGCGCCAAAUCGUGUCGAGAAAUGCCCACGCCCGACUGAGUGUGGCUUGAGAGGCGCGCGAGUCCCCAACGAAAACAGUCCACAAAUCCAUUGUACAUAAGCGAGCUGACGCACGAAACCGGACUAUUUAUCUGAGCGGAUUACCAAACUGUUGAUCAAGUGCAAAUCGAAUACGCAUACGGAAAAAAGCGAACGGACGGCAGUGAGGCGAAGGCGCCAUGUGAAUGCAGAUCGGGCACAUCGAUGGCAUCGAGAUCGAGAUAUCGAGAGUGGGGUUCUAGUGGCGCCCCGGUGGCGGAUCCCUGUUGUAUAUAGUCAGUCGUAAUCCAUAGUAUACGUUUAAUCUCUGUGUCUGUGUGUGUGUGUGUGAAAUUCAGUCUCUCUCACUUGCUAUCUCUCUCUCCUUCUAACUCACACCCUUUCUGUAUCUCUUCAUGUGUGUCGGUCUACGUGUGUGUUUAUCCAGCAACAACAAUAAACAAAACAAAUAAUGAUAUAUUUGAAUGUAUUAUUAAAAAUAAAUAAUAAUAUUAAUCAAUAGUUAUAUGAAAGCCGCGCGCGUUUUACGCUCACGCGACUUCAAAACGCUUCGCACAUACACAAGUUUCGGUGCAAAACGGGUAAAAACAUAAUCGAAUAAUUGCAAAUCGCAAAACUAUGCUAGGCAUUAGAUAAAUUACUAGAAUUAAUUGGGUGUUGGAACAGAAUUCCGGACGUAAUUGAAACGCGCGCAAACGAAUGCUAGAUUGCCGGCCGCAUUUUCAAAUUUAAUUAUAAAUACGCACACAUCUACAUGUAUAUAAAUAUAUACGUAUAUAUAUUUAUUUAUAAAUACAAACAGAAUAUAAAUUCAUAAAUACGCAUAUGCAUAGCCAAGUGAAGCGGACAGCGCUAGCAUGGGACCAAUCCGACGCUAGACAGAGACAGAGAAAGAGAUAGAGACAGAUAUACACUUGACAAGCGCAACAACAAGCGAAGCAACAUGGACUACGCCAAAGUGGAGGCCAGCAUCAAUACGGGCAACAUCAGCAAUGAUGACUUCCUGGCCGUGUUCUCGAGCGGUGCCACAAUAACAACAACAGCAGCAACCGUAGCAGCCGUUGCCGGAGCGGCAGCAUCAUCAUCGCUGGCCCAUGGCAAUCCGGCUGCCACACUCAAUCCGCCGCUGGUGACAGUCGAUGGGCAGGUGCAGCUGCCGAACCUGCUGGAGAUGCAGCCGCCAGUGAACGAUACGAUCUAUCUGCUGAAUGGCAGCCUCUACAACAACAGCCUCCAGCUGGCGGGCAGCUACUACAAUCAGACGACGGCCAACAUGAGCAUGGGUCUGCUGGCCAACAGCAGCAACGGCACGGAGGUGCACUGGGAUGGCCGGUAUCCGAGCGGCUAUACGCUGACGCACAUUGUGAUCGCCUCGAUCAUCGUGACCAUACUGAUGAUCAUCAUUGUGGUGGGCAACAUGCUGGUGAUCAUUGCGAUAGCCACCGAGAAGUCGCUGAAGAACAUACAGAACUGGUUCAUUGCCUCGCUGGCGGUGGCCGACUUCUUUCUGGGCCUCAUCAUCAUGCCCUUCUCGCUGGCCAACGAGCUGAUGGGCUACUGGAUCUUCGGCAGCUGGUGGUGCGACAUACACUCGGCCAUGGACGUGCUGCUCUGCACAGCCUCGAUCAUGAAUCUCUGCCUCAUCUCGCUCGAUCGCUACUGGAGCAUCACCAAGGCCGUUGACUAUCUCAAGUCGCGCACGCCCGCCCGCGCCGCCGUCAUGAUCACCGCGGUGUGGAUCAUGUCGGCGCUGAUAUGCAUUCCCCCGCUGCUCGGCUGGAAGGUCAAGAUGCCCGAGGGUCCGCUGCCCAAGUGCGAGCUAAGUGAGGACAUUGGCUAUGUGCUAUACUCGGCGCUGGGCUCCUUCUACAUACCCAGCUGCAUCAUGGUCUUUGUGUACAUACGAAUCUACUUUGCCGCGAAGGCGCGAGCGAGACGCGGCAUUAAAAAACAUCCGCGCAAAACAAACAACGAACAGGUAACGAGCUUCACCACCGCCAACAAGAAAGGAACAAUACCGAUGCCAUCCUCCAGCGGCGCCACGCAGCUGCAGCUGCACCAGCAGCGACAAAUAGCCACCAUUGAGACCCCACCGAACAGCGCGACGAUGCCGAUGCAAAUACCGACAGUCACCAUGGACUUGGCCUCGGACAUAUCCACCUCGGAGGCCGGCGAGCUGGAGGCCGUGGCCGCCCAGACGGUGCUGGCCUAUGCCAAUCCCAAUGGUGGCUCCGGCGCAGCCACAGCGCUAGGCAGUGCGCCCUGCUCGCCGAAGGAAACACUGCAAGUUAGCACCAUCGCCACGGGCCGGGGCAUCGGACUCAAUGUGCCCGUGCCGCCGUCCAUGGGCAGCCAGAACUCCAUCAACGUGCUGAACAACAACAAUGGCUGCGUGGCCAGCGAGGGCGUGGCUCGAGCCAACGCGCUGGCGGGCAACAGUGGGGCGACUGCAGCGAGUGGAGCGAGCGGUGGUGCUAGUGGUGGUGGUGGUGGUGGUGGUGCUGGUACGGCUAGCAGCAACGAGCUGCGCGUCUCGCCCGUGGCCGGACGCUGUCGUGCCCUCUCAGUGGGCGUUGACACGGACAUGGUGAGUGAAUUCGAUCCUUCCAGCUCGGAUUCGGGCGUGGUCAGCCGCUGUGCGGUAGUUAAGCCGCUCAAGUUUCGCCUUUGCCAGCCCAUCUUCGGACGCAAAGCGAACCAGCAGCGCCGCAACGAGGCCAAGGCGGCCACUGUGGCGGCCAAGAACAACGCAGCGGCGGCGGCCAAGACGAAGGAGCUGGCCGCCAAAACCGAACUCGAACCGGCCAUACCCAAAGCGCCAAAGCCCCGCGAUCCGGAGAAGGAGAAGCGCCGCAUCGCACGCAAGAAGGAGAAGCGGGCCACGCUCAUACUCGGCCUAAUCAUGGGCAGCUUCAUCGCUUGCUGGCUGCCGUUCUUCUUUCUGUACAUCCUGGUGCCCGCCUGUAGCAACCACUGCAACAUACCGGAGUCGGCGUUUGCGAUUGCCUUCUGGUUGGGCUACAUGAACUCGGCGCUCAAUCCGGCCAUCUACACCAUAUUCAACAAGGACUUCCGACGCGCGUUCCGGCGCAUCCUGUUCAAGUGAUGUUUGGCCUACGUGUGCUGUUACAGGUGCGUUUAUGCGAGCAUCGAGAAGGCUACCGAACGUGCCAUGGGCAGCACACCCAUGGGCUAUGGGCACGGCAUGUAUCAGCAUUACAGGCGUUAGUUUUGCUUGGUUUAUGGGGGCAUGCCCCUCAGCCACCUCAACCAGUACGGGGUAUCAUCCUCUAAGCAUAUUCAGUUCACUAUUCAGCUCAAAAGUUUCUGUGCCUCGUUUUAGUUAAUCAUCUGUUAUUUAGUUUCAACUCUUGCUUUAAAGUAACGAACAUUGUAGCUCAUGUCAAAAGCAAUGAACGGCUGUGAAUUUGAUGGAAUCUCUCAAUUUCAAUUUUGCAACAAUUUUCAGUUUCAAUUUCAACUGUGAACUUGAACCACAGCUGCUGCACACACACUCACACACACACACACACACACACACACACACAUGGAGUCAGUCAUCCGACCGAGAAAAGCCCUCGAGCUGUGCAAACACAAGCUUCAUCUAAGCAAACAUCUUUUAUGCACACUCAAUGGCCAUUCAACUUGAUAUUAUUGCACAAAUUUUCCAUUCCAAGAGCACAAACUGCGGCUGCAUUUUAAUGCGAAAAUGGGCUGAAAACUCA